CCGAACCUUGUUCUCGUGUCAUGCUUCAAUUCUCGAUCCAAAGCAACCAGCCACUGUUCCAAACCCACCAAACUUAGGGGGGGGGGGAAGACAAACCGAACAAGAAACAGAGGCACUGCAAUGAGAGUCUGAUACCCAUGUCUGAAAACAGACCAUUAGCAAGUCUCAUAAGCACUUAUUUGUCAAAGACAUUCGGACACUAUUUUUUUUUCGACGUAAAGAUCAUGAAGAGAAUCAGAGGGUUCCAGCUCGGACGCAAGCUAGUGAAGGUUUGCAAAUGGAUAAUACGACCUACAAGAAGAAGAAGAAACUUCAGGAUUAGUUUCUUGGGACAUACGACCCGAAGCCACAACCCUUUAACAAGAAUCUGCUCUUUUGCGACGUUUAUUCGACGGGGAAUCAAGGGGCUGUGUGAUUCGAACUCGGAUCCGGGUUACAUUCAAUUGGGUGGAAAAGGAGCGAAGCGGGUUGGAGUGCCGAAAGGGCAGCUUGCUGUGUACGUCGGCGAAUCAGAAGGUAACACGAAGAGGAUGUUAGUGCCUGUCAUUUAUUUCAACCACCCGCUAUUUGGUGAGCUGUUGAAGGAAGCGGAGCGGGUUUACGGGUUCAAUCAAUCGGGUGGGAUCACGUUACCUUGCAGUAUUUCUGAGUUUGAAAAGGUGAAAAUGAAAAUUGCCGACUGGGAUCAUUGCCAACGGAAACAACACCGUCGUUAUUUUUUGGCGGAUUAAAAAAUUUUAGCUAUU